AUGGAUACAACGCGUGGAAGGUCAUCUUCAAGAGGCAAUGCAGAGCACAUAAGCCCUCAGUCUUCCGCAAACCAAUAUCCCACUUCAGUCCCAGGCGUCGAUCCGUCGAUACAGCAAGCCCUUACCUCUGGCAAGUUUACCACAUCGCACGUUUUCGAAAACCCGUUUCUCACUCCUGAACAACAAUCCGGCCUCCACAUGGACCCUGCAGACCCCAGCUUUUAUUCCAACAACCAGUUUCCCCAGGAUAUGUUCUCCGACAAUCAGUUUGGAGGGCAGAAUCUGGACUCGUCCUACUCCAACCAGCUCUUCAUGUAUCAACAGGGCGAAGGCAUGCCCAACGAGUACAACCAGACAUAUUCUCUAAACAACAGUUAUGAUCUCAACCCUCAGAACAACAACGUCAACCCUGCCGACUUGAACAAAUCGCCUUCUCCACAAGAUCACCAAUCCCCCAGUCUGUUCCCACCAGAGACUCUCACCUCUCAACCAGGCUCACCUUCUUCGAACGGGCAGCAAUUCUAUACACCUCAGCAUUCUCGGCACGCAUCGCUGGACCCUUCAUCUGCUUAUGGGGAGAAUUACUCUGGAGUCAAUUUCCAACAACACCGGCGCGCACCAUCCUCCGAGAUUUCCUCAGCGAAUCAUUCCCCCUACAUGGCACAUGCAGAGAUACAUGAUUCGGGUUCAGUUGAUCUCAACCACUCGCCAUUCAUGCCUGCCCAACCCGACACCAGUAACGCCUUUGGCAUGGAGAGUUUCAGUCUUGCGGAGCAGACAUCUUACCGCUCUCCGAGGCUUAUGCCCGACAUGGACCCGAACCUUCAAGGUCUGGGGUUAAACCAGGAUUUUACUUUGAGCCAGCCAAUGCGAAUGUCUGUUCCUGAAAUUUACCCAGUCCACGCCAACGCAUAUCCUCCGGUCGUGCCUAGCAAUCACCUACGGAAUACCUCGGUGGUUUCGGACAUUGGCCAGGCUGACCAGUUUGAACCUCCCACGAUCAACAUUGAACCUGCGCCGGUUUCACGGCAGCAAAGUUUCGGUCCGCAAGCGGAGGGUACCGAGGGCGCGCUCAGCCCUCCUUCAACCCUGAACAGAGGACGCAACCGAAGCAAAUCCGACGUUACCUUCACCCGGCCUUUGUCGCGGUCCGGCUCGCCUGGCCUUGUAUCUACGAACAGUCUCUCCGUUCAAGCGAGGUCUCCGGACCGUGGCAGUCGAUCGUUGUCUCGUGAGUCAUCACCAGGACCGGGCGUGGCUUCUGGUCGCAUUGAUAAGAAUCGCCGUGCGUCAACAUCGUCGGUGGGCCAGAAUCGGGAUUACAUCUUGGAUUUGGCAGACCCUACGAGACCAACCGCUACUCCGGCGGGUUCAAACACGAGAGUGCAGAAACAUCCGGCCACCUUUCAAUGCACCCUCUGCCCGAAACGCUUCACUCGGGCGUAUAAUUUGCGGUCACAUUUGCGAACCCAUACUGAUGAGCGGCCAUUUGUAUGUACGGUGUGCGGGAAAGCCUUUGCUAGACAACACGAUCGCAAACGGCAUGAAGGCCUUCACAGCGGCGAGAAGAAAUUUGUUUGCAGAGGUGAACUUCGAUCGUCCCCAGGUCAACAUUGGGGUUGUGGGCGAAGGUUCGCCCGGGCCGAUGCUCUGGGCCGGCAUUUUCGCUCGGAGGCGGGCCGAAUAUGCAUCAAGCCACUCCUCGAGGAAGAAAAAAUGGAACGGCAGAAUAAGGCCAUGAUGGAGCAGCAACAGCAGCAGGCACAGGCGCAAUUCGCUCAAGGCACGCUGCAACCAGUAUCUCAGCCGCUGAUGAUUGGCAUGGAUCCUACUACCGGAACUGGCGGAUUUGCUUUGCCCGCGGCCUUACUUCAACAAUAUCCGGCUCUUCAAAACAUUGACUGGUCUCAAAUCUCAACGGGAGAUGACCAAGGAGACCUGAGUGACGUGGGCGGCAUGGGCAGGGCCAGUUUCGACGGUUCCAGUGGCGGGGAUUAUUAUGACGAAGAUAUCAGCGAUGGUUAUGUCAGUGGUACUGGCAUGGAUUUUUCGAAUCCGACCCAUCAGAUGUACCUGGGAAGUUGA